UCCUCCAAUAUGUAGAACAGCAGCAACAAAAACUCUUCGCAGUACUUCCACGGCUUUUCGCUUUUAGUUCUUUUAUUUUCUCUCUCUCUUCUCAGACUCAUCUACGUUGCUUUCGAAUCGUUUUGCGUAGACUGCUAGCGAAGAGCUGUCGUUUGCUUCAUGGAAGUGACGCCGAAGAACAACACUUCGAAAUCGGCGUACCGUUCACCGUCCAGUCCGUGGGAGUCCAGAAAUGAGACGCCGCACCAGAAGCUGAGCGCCUCUCUGAAAGCGCGUCUGAAGAGAACGCGACGUGCCUUCACCUCGCCCUUCCCCGUGGCCAAGCGCCUCUGCGUGGACGUGGAAGACGGCCAACCAGUUCCGUUAGAUUCCCGGACGACGGAUGAUGAUAAUAAAAAUCCUCCGCUUAUCAGCCCGUCUGCUGACGUCAACGUUCAGGAAGCCAGACCUGGGAGUGAAAUGUUUUCCGGGAUGAUUCCCGGACCGGCGCACGCUCACGCUGAAAACCUUGCGCAACGACGGGAGCGGCUCGGCAGGCAGGUGAAGGACAAGACGGAGACGUUACGUCGACUGAGGAUGGUUAAGAUGUACAGGAGCAAGAAUGACCUGGCGCAGCUUCAAACCUUGAUCGACAAGUGGCGGAGCUGCGCUCAGAACGCGUUGUACGAGCUCCAGUCGGACGUCCCUGUGGAGGGACGCAAGGCCAGCCUGUCUGAACUCAUCGAUCUCUUCGGUCUAGAUGAGAAAAUCUUGCACUUUGACCGCACACAGGACGACUUUGCUUCCUGAAUGUGCUUUCAAACAUAUACAGGUGCAUCUCAAUAAAUUAGAUCGCAGAAAACUUAUUUCCCCUCGUUAAAUUUUAAAAAGUGAAACCCAAUUGUAGAUUCACUACACAGAGUGAACAACUUCCAAAUUUUUAAAAAUAAUUUGGAUGAAUAUAGUUAGUUAACAAAAACCUCAUUUACCCUCAAGAAAUUAGACUACUACAUCAACAAUCAAAAUGAUUAUCAUUAUAGAAAUAAGGUAGGAUAUGGACUAAAAGGUUUUCUUUCUUACCUAUACAAUUAAUCUAUAUGAGGCAUGAGUUUCACUUUUUGAAUAAAUAAACCUUUCUACCAUAGUUUAGUAAGCCAUCCAAUGGAACCUCUAAGGUCGAACACAAGAAUUUGGAAUUAAAAAAAAAAAAUUUCCCAUUGGAAAAUAAAGGAAAUCUAAGUGAUCUCUUUCAGGGUCAAACGGUAACUUUACAGGAGGUCCUUUUUCCACAAUAGGCAGUACCGCUCUGUUGAUACACAAAUUAACAAGUGACUGUGCAUGAGGUGACUACGUAGUUAGGACUAGUCCUUUUGAAAUAAGUUUUGCACAAAAAAAAAGCCAAAGAAGCAAGUUAAUAUCUUUUGAUGUUCGCUUAACUUUUUUCCCCCCCCAAAAUGUUGCUCAAAUUCCAAAUUGUUCGACCUGAGGGGUUGCACUGUACAGUCCCAUUCCAAAUAAUACUACAGAGAAUAUGUUCAAACAUAUGGAGUUCUUUAUUAGUUGCUGCUAUGUUAUUGUCACACACAUCUUGAUUUGUAGUUAUAUUUAUUUACGUGUAAAUAAAACCUGGUUGUCUGCGGAAGGCUCAGUCGUAUUUGAUCUGCACCAGCGAAGGGACGUUCCUCAUCCUCAAACGCUGCGCCUCGGCGCUGAGAAACGCCAGCUUCUCCAUCUGGAACCUGGCGGUGUCCUUCAGACGCUGCACUAGCAGGACCUCCUGGUAGCGCUGCUCGGUGUUCACCGCCUCGUUUUCCUCCGUAGCUAUAAAACGCUAGGAUGCGGUUAAGGAAAAGUCUGAAACGCGUGAAACUAACUCAGUUACCUGAGGCUUCGUAGAUGUGUCUCAUCUGCGACACGGUCACGUGCAUGUCCUGGACCUGCUUGUCCAAAGCAACGUUCUUCUGUUCCUUCAUGGCCGCCUGAGCUUGGAGGUUUCUGAUUUUUUGUUUGCGAUACUUCAUGUCCUUUUGAUAAGUCUUUAAAACGAAGAAGGAAAAUAAGCAUAAUAGAACUGAAGGGUCUCGAGGAUGUUUUAAAGGCCUUGAUUUUUAUUUUUUAUUUUUUUCCCCCCCCUCAUCAUGUGACAAGAUGGAGGAGUCCCUGACAAAAGCAGCAGUCAGAAAUAAAAAAACGAAUACUAUGUAAUCAGUGUAAAUAAUUGUAAAUUCUAAAUGUUAUCUGCGGUAUUGCUUUCAUGACAUCAUUGGAUUUGAAUGGGUUUGGUCUUCUUUGUACAGCAAUCUACAUCAAUGUGAUUGAUCUAAAUGUUUCAGGAAAAGCAACCAUGGGGCGAAGGAACUUCAUGUAACAGGUUUCAAGUAUUUGUGGUGUGAGAGAUGGCCUUUUGUUACCUUGAGCUGCAUGGCCUGAGUCUCCUUCAUAGAUAUCGCCUGCUUGCACACACGACUGUCGCUGUCUGUCUUGAGAUACUAAAAACAAAAAAGUGUACAGAGAGUUGGUUAAAUGUGC